AAAAAAGAAAAACUUUGCUUCCUACUCAUCCGCCUAUUCCCUCUCCUCAUCCUUAUUUCUUCUUCCUCUUCUUCACCUCAUUUCCUUUAAUUUCUGUUAAUAACCAAUUUCUUAAACCACAUUUUGGUUUGAUUUAUUUAUAAACUAACAAAAUGUCAGGUUUUAUGGAAACCCUUUCCCCAUCAAAACACAUUAUUGAAGUCAGCCCUUUCAAUGACAAUAUAAAGAAGAAAGGAGGGAUGAUGAUGACGAUGACAGAGCAAGAAGAUAAGAUAGAGGAGAAAGGAAGCAAUAAUAAUGCAAAUGAUGAGAUUGUAAAUAAUAAAGUUCUAGUAUUAAAAAAAACAUGCAGUAGUAAAUCAUUGAAUUCAUCAUCUUCUUCAAGCUGCUGCAGCCCUAAAGUUUCUUCUCCCUCUUUGCUACAAUGUGUGGAGGACAAUAAGGAUAAUGAGAGAUGUUUGCAGCAAUGGAAUGAUCGGAAUAUUGGAAAUCUAAAAAAAGUUUCCUUACAAGCAGAUAAUAAAGUAAAUCAACGUCCGGAGGUAGAAAUAGUAAGCAUUUCAAUCAAAUGUCGAGACAGGCCAGAUAUUGUGCUAACUGAGCCAUUUGCAUCAAGUCCAAAAGCUUGCCUUUUCACCCUUAAGGAAGGGAGCAGAUACCGACUCCGAUUCUCAUUCAUUGUCUCCAACAAGACCGUUUCUGGCCUCAAAUACACAAAUACCCUUUGGAAGGCCGGUGUAAGAGUGGAUAGGUCCGAAGUUCGAUUAGGAACAUUUAACCCAAGGAAGGAACCAUACGCAUAUGAAUUAGAAGAAGACACAGCUCCUUCCGGUAUAUUUGUCCGUGGCUUGUACUGUGCAAGAACUAAGGUGGUGGAUGCUACUGGUAUUUGCUACUUGGACAUCAAAUACUACUUCGAGAUUCAGAAGUCUUGGCCAUCUUCUUGUUGAUGAAAUUUUGGAUCAUCAUCAUCUGAUGGUUUUUCCCAGUGCAAAAGUAAAAGGGAAAAAAAAAAAAAGAAACUGAUUGAGAUGCAAAAAUACGAAUACCAUUAAGGGGACUGAAUUAAAUUAAAUUAAUUGAUGUGUACUACAAUUAUGAGAACAUUAGCCUUUUCUUUUUUUAAUUUCUUUUUUCUCACUUACCUCUUAAAUUUUGUACGAUAUACCUAUUUUUUUUUUUCCCUUUGUUAUGCAGAAUGACAAAUUAAACAUGUAUAUAUUCCCUUGUGGAAUUCAAUCAAGAUUUUUUUUACAUUUAGAAUUUGGAAGACCUGUAGGCUAAUAAACUUUUUCUCCUUGAAUUUUAUUAGCUUAGGCUCAUUUUUAAUUUUGUACAUUUUUACUUUUUGUUUAUUUCGAGAAAGUUCAAACCC